GAGGGAGAGAGAAGAUAAAGAUAGGCGGGAUCAACUUCCAGCGCCAAACCUUGCCUGUCUGCGCGCGCGUGUCCGCCUGGGCUCAGGACCUUUGAGGGGCUCAGGUUGCGGGGCGCGCAGCCCGGGACUGGGCUCCAGCUGCGCGGGGGCGAACAUGGCGGGGCCGCGGGCGCUGUUUCUCCUGGGCUUCCUCGUGCCCGCGCUCCUGCUCCCGGAGGCCGCCAAUAUCCUGACCGUGUCCUCACUGGGUGGAAGCCAUUAUCUGCUGUUUGAUCGGGUGUCUCAGAUCCUUCAAGAUCAUGGCCAUAAUGUCACCAUGCUUCAUUUUGGAAGACAGCUUAUGAUCCAAAGUAUGACUUUUGUAAUUGUUGAAUUCUCCUAUACCAGACAAAGAAAGACAAUGCCUAAUUUAUAUUAUGCUUAG